AUGAUCCUCUUACAAAGAGAAUACAUAUAUUUCAUUGUUUUUGUUAUUGUUCUUCAACUAUCUGGUAUUUAUCUUUAUGGAACUGGGUUUUUAAUCACAUCAGUUCAAUCACAAAAGAAAAGUCAAUGUAAUGAUCCUAUAAUGACAAAUACACUUUAUGCACAAUCUCACCCUCCGGAAUUAUGUUGGACAACUCCUUUAUUCAAGAAAACAGCUUUGUAUCUUGUUGAUGCUCUUAGAUUUGAUUUUGCUUUUUCUACUGACUAUCCUCCUUUGUUUGAGAAUAUCACUGACCCUAAUAACUUUAGACUCUACCAUAAUAAUAUGGAUGUUUUCAAUUCUUUAGAAAAUCAAUAUCCUUCUCGUUCGUCAAAAUAUCAUUUCAUUCCUGACCCACCUACUACAACUGCACAACGUGUUAAAGCAAUGACAACUGGUGGUGUUCCAGCUUUUAUUGAAAUAUCUACCAUGUUCAAUAAUCCUGCUGUU